UAAAAUGGACAUUUUCUGAAAAGUUUGAAUACAAUAAAAGAAGGUUAUUCAGCAAUUUUAUACAGAUGGGCUAAAAUAGGCAAUUGAUUAUUUAUCACGUGACCAGUAAACGUUAUUUGACAGUUCAGACGAUUUUGUUGACAUUGGUUAUUGCAGGGUUCCUGAUUGCAAGAUAAAUAUGGCUUUGAUUUCAGGAAUGAGUGAUAUACGGGUCAUUAUCACAGUAGUAGCCAUAGGAGGAUGCUUGCUGACUCUCUACCCAAAGGUCUUUGCCCCAAUUCUCUCUAACUUGUUUGGAGGAGGAAGAACUAAAGAUAGAGGAGUACAGAACAAUCAACCAAAAAUGCCCCCUAGAGCUCAUCAUCCACGUGGCCCUGGAGGAGGAAAUGAAGGAAAUCCUCGUCCAUCAGGGAUGCCACCUAAUAUGGAUGCAGAAAUCGAAAGGCAUAUGAGGCAGGGACCACACCCUGGAAUGAGACAUGCAGCAGAAAUGAACAAACAACAAUCAAAAACUUCUAGUGGUCGGGGAGGCAUGAUGGGAAUGGUACUUCCUGUUUACGCUGUAGGCAUCAUUGGUUACCUGAUAUAUACACUGGUCAAAGUCUUUAACAAGAAGAAUAAAGGGGAAUAUGACAAAAAGCCUGGAUAUGGGAAGGUGAAAAACAAAAGUCCGAACACGUCAGAGGAGAGGUCUGUAGUGGAGGAGGCAUCACUGAGUGAUCUGAAGGAGAGCAGCGCUAAACUGUCCGAGCUGGAGAACCUAUUGUCUAAAGCUGAUGAUAAAAAUAUCAGUGCAGAUGAAAUGAGAGCUCUUCAAACAAGACUAGAAGAAACAGAGAAACAGAUGGCCAGGAUUCUGAAAGCCAUGCAGUCUGUGUCCUCAAAAGUAACAGAUGUAAUAGAAUCCAAAGAAGAAAAUGUAGAUUCAGAUGAUAAAGUAAAUAGUGACUCUGAGGAUCAGUCCUCACAGAAAGGAGAGGAGAGUGAGGAGGCACCUGCUGAGGAGAAAAGUGAAAGUAAGACUCAGAGGGAGGCUGAGGACCAAAGUGAAAGUAAAACUACAAAGGGGGACAAACAGGAAGAGGAAGUGAUUCUCUUGGAUGGACAAAAGGAUAAGGAUUCUGAAGAGGAAUCGGGGGUUCGCCAGAGGAAAGUCCAAGUUGAGGGGAAGGAGGAUUGAGGCUUUUUGUGGUGUAAUUUUGGUGAUGUGCAAUUUUUUUUAAACAGAUCUACUCUAUGUUUUCCAUAAUCAAUCAAUCAGUAUGAUUAGAAUUUUAGAGUGCUUAUAUCUGUUAGGUAUUCUCCUUAAGAUGAUUUUGAAAUUUGACAUUAACAACCAAACAAUAUUCAAUUCUUGCUCAAAAAGUACAGUUUAAGGUUAAGUCUUAAACAUGCAUAUCGUAGAUAGUUUUCGAUGUACAUGUACAUUAUUUUUUUGGGGGGGUAUAUUUGAUUAAGGAGAAUAGGUGAUUGGUGUAUAGCUUGUGACACUAAUAACAUGCUCAAGAUUGUGCAAGUAUUAUGCACCAACAAAUAUUUGAUUUUGCAGUGUGUUUGCACAUUUCAACUUCUUUUAACUAUCAAAAAUGUGAUUUCUUAUGCUUUGUUAUGUUCAAUAGAAUUAGUGUGAUGGUCUCAUGUUCUGUAUAUGUUGGAUUUUUAAAAAAUGCUGAAACUGUAUUUUUUAAAUCUUUAAAUGAGAUAAGUUUACUUUUGGGAAAAAAAAAUCAAUAGUGUGAUUUAAAACCAACAAAUGAAUGUGAUAGAUAUGGGCUCUGCUGAUCCUUUUAUCUGGUUGCAGUGCCCAUUGAUUUAUUUUAAUUGUGAAAUACAAUGUCAUGUGUUUGUGUUCAUAACAAUGGUUAUUGAUUUUUUAAAUAUUUGAUACUGGAAAAAAUACAACAAUGUAUAAUUUUCCUUGAAUAGAAUCUCAACAUGACCAAAUAGACUUGUUUUAGAAAACAUAUUAUUACUGCAGCAUGCCUUUGUUGUUCUUCCUCUACAAUCAUUUUUAUUUUACUUAGUCUCGUGAAAUCAACAAGAACUGCUUUACAUACAUUAUCAAUGUUUGUUUGUUUUUUUUUAUACAUAUGCACAUUUUUCAAUAUUUACUGAGUACUAGAAUUAAUCAAUUUUUCACUAUAUGUCUUUGGUGUUAUUUGAUGCUUUGUUCAUAUUACAGUCAGUCUAUUCAGUAUCAUCACUAAACUCUUUACAUCUGUAGUACUUCUAAUGUAUUAAAUCCAAUUAAAGAUAAGAGUUUUAAGGCCAGACCUUGAUUUACUACAUCCAGUGAUAUUGAUCUUAGACAAUGUCAUUUGAUUUAUUGGUUCUAUUUUUUUGUCUUAUGAUUCAGUUAUUCCAUGACAAAUAUCCAGUAAUAUAUUUAGAAGGAUAUGUGCACAUAUAGUCCCAAAGAACUUUAGUUUAUUUAUGAAUUUUACAUGUUAUUAAAUAGAUGUAUUUGUGUGUUUUGAGGUUUCUUUUGUUUACACAUUUUUAUUUUCUUUACUUUGUCUACUGCUUUAUUUACAUAACAUUUUUACACUUUAUCAUAAAUUAUUUGUAUUUAACACUCAUGUUAUGAAGAUAAAUUUCCAUGUAAUAAACUGUGUUAAAAGUUA